AUGUAUGCAACUCGCACUACUGAUGAAAGAGUCGCAAUUGUCCGACUUUUUUCGAAAUUUGAAAGUGCGAGCAAAGUACAAAGACAAUGGUCGAAUCAUUUUGAUACAACUCCGCCUCAUUUAGUCACAAUUUCGUCAAUAAAUAGGAAGUUUGAUGAAAAUGGAACAGUUGAAGAUUUACCACGCAGUGGUCGACCAACUAUACUUUCUGAAGAAAAACUGGAUGAGAUUGAAGAAAUGGUCACUAGCAAUCCACAACUGUCUAUUCGUCAAGGUGCUGCUCGAGUUGGUAUAAGCAAAACCACUUAUCAAGUGGCUAUGAAGCAAUUUCACUUUAAACCCUAUCGUCCAGCGUUAAUCGUAGACCUUAGUGAAGAUGAUUUCGAUCGUGGCAGCGAGCUUUGCGAAUCAUGGAUCGAAAAAUUCGAGAAUGAUCCCGAUCUAAUCGAUUGUAUAUUCUGGAGCGAUGAAGCCAAAUUUAAUAUGAAUACAACAGUUAAUCGACACAACUGCACGCUUUCAAAUACUGAAGAAUGUAUUCCGUCAAAUGAAUCAAUUGCUGGUGCACUUAAUCAUAAUGAUGAUUGUACUAAUCGAUUUGGUCAAUAUCGAUUUAAACAUGUUUCUCAAGAUGAUUUGGGAUGUAUGGUUAAUAGAUACGAUUCAUGUGAAACUAGGAGAUGGAUCGACGAUACGGCGAUUGAUACAUAUAGUCCAAAAGAAACAAAUUAUUAUCUGGGAAAAUUAGGUCCGAAUUUAUAUAUUGAUCCUAAUCCAAAAAUUGUUCGACAGGAAGGAAACUCAAGUCCGGUAAUACUUGAACAACGAGUUUUUCUUCGAUAUCUUCAACCACCAACUGUGCCACCGCCAGGACCACUCAUUAUUAAAGAAGUGCGCCCACGACAACCAUCGCCAUCUCCACCACUUGUCAUACGCGAACAUGCACCGCCUCUUCCUUCACUACCUCCACUUAUCUUACGUGAACGACCACCAACACCACCAAAACAUAUUCCCAGUGAAACAAUUAUUCGUACCUUACCUGCUUUGCCUGUUCCACCACGAUCAGUUAUCAUCGAACGUUUUCCGCCUCCUCCAGAAAAACCACGUGAUAUUAUAAUUGAACGAUGGAUUCCCUAUGAACAUCAACCUGAACGGCGUACAAUUGUUGAACAUGCCCCUUCUGCUAAACAAUAUCCACAACCAUCAAAUACUACUAUUAUUUAUUCUGCUACUGAAACACGUAUAGUUCGAAAAUAUCAAGAACUUGGUGUUACUCCAGAAAAUCCUGCAUGUUAUAGAGCUCGUUAUGGAUCAUCACUUUUAGAUCCAGUCACACUUGUUCAAGAAGCUCGUAAGGCUGGUGUUAUGGAAGAUAUAGUAAACUUCUUUUGA